AUGAAGUUGAAUCCCCUCAAGUACACCUUUGGGAUGGCUUCAGGUCAGUUCUUGGGGUAUAUUGUUAACCAAAGAGGAAUUGAAGCAAAUCCAGAAAUGAAAAAGCACCUCGGAGAGGCGCCCCUUUUGUCAAAACCUCAACCAGAAGAGUCACUGCUGCUGUAUUUGGCGGUUUCGGACGUGACGGUCAGCGCUGUCCUAGUUAGAGAAGAAAAUGAGCGCCAGUUGCGAGUAUACUACGCCAGCAAAGCACUCCUCCCAACUGAAAUACGCUACCCAGACAUGGAAAAAUUGGCACUUGCUCUCAUCACAGCCUCAAGAAAACUGAGGCCAUACUUCCAGACCCACUCGAUUGAAGUUCUCACCAACUUCCUAUUGAAGCAAGUGCUGCAGAGAACAUAUGCAUCAGGACGCAUGCUAAAAUGGUUUGCCAAAGCCCCAAAAAUGGAGGCAAAAAUGGAACCAACCGAGCUCCCAACAUGGAAACUGUUCGUAGAUGGAUCCUCAGGAGAGGUUGGCUCCGGGGCAGGAAUUGGCUUGGAAAGCCCAAAGGGUCACAAACUAAAUUGUGCGGUAAGGUUCGGCUUCAAAGCCUCGAGCAACGCUGCUAAAUAUGAGGCCCUUCUGGUAAGUCUUAGAUUUGCUAAGGAAAUGAAGGUCAGAAAGCUACUGGCAAGCAGGGAUUCUCAACUGAUAGUGAAUCAGGUCAAUGAAAGCUUUACGGCCAAAGACAACAGCAUGGUUGAAUACUUGAAAUUAGUUAUGUACCUAGUUCCUCAAUUUGAAAGGUUCGAACCGAUUCAAGUCCCACACCUAGAGAAUACAUAUGCAGACGCCCUUUCAAAAUUGGCCAGCAGCAAGGAUUCUGAGCUACUAAAGGACGUCCAUAUUGAACAUUUAUCGAAGCCCUCCAUUUUCGGAGGUGAAGAGGUACUAUGGAUAGAAGGCACCCCAUUAUGGAUGCAGUCCAUCAUCGCAUAUCUAAAGGAUCAAACACUACCUGCUUCUAGAAGCAAGGCGAGGAAGUUAAGAAGAAGGGCUGCACACUUCGUCCUGCAAAAGGAUAUGUUCUACAAAAGAGGCUUCGCCUCACCACUUCUCCGAUGUGUGGGAGGCGAAGAGACCACAUACAUACUUAGGAAAAUCCAUGAGAGAGUCUGUGGAAAUCACUCUGGAGGAACGGCUCUGGCACUCAACGUUCUCCGGAAAACACCAUUCUCAAUGACUUACGGAGCCGAGGCCAUGAGCCCGGUCAAGAUCAACACGAUAAGAAAACAGAAGCAACAAUACUUGGCAAAAAUUUCAUUUCAUUGA